AUGUCGUCCACGCAGCAGAUCCCAACCCAAGCCUCCACUCAGCAGAUCCCAACCCAAGCCUCCACGCAGCAGAUCCCAACCCAAGCCUCCACGCAGCAGAUCCCAACCCAAGCCUCCACGCAGCAGAUCCCAACCCAAGCCUCCACGCAGCAGAUCCCAACCCAAGCCUCCACGCAGCAGAUCCCAACCCAAGCCUCCACUCAGCAGAUCCCAACCCAAGCCUCCACGCAGCAGAUCCCAACCCAAGCCUCCACUCAGCAGAUCCCAACCCCAGCCUCCACGCAGCAGAUCCCAACCCAAGCCUCCACGCAGCAGAUCCCAACCCAAGCCUCCACGCAGCAGAUCCCAACCCCAGCCUCCACGCAGCAGAUUCCAACCGCAGCAGAUCCCAACCCCAGCCUGCACGCAGCAGAUCCCAACCCCAGCCUGCACGCAGCAGAUCCCAACCCCAUCUGCACGCAGCAGAUCCCAACCCCAGCCUCCACUCAGCACUGA